AUGAUUGUGGAGGCAGACGAAAUAGCUUGGGAAUAUAACAUCCUCGCUAGUGGGGCUAAUUGGGUUCUGCUGGCUGGCUAUCUCGUUGUUCCAGGGACCUUUACCUCUUUGCAAAAGUCGAAUACAGUCAAUGACAGUCUUUCUAAGAAUACUGCUGGAAGUGCAAUCCUCAAUACUAUUCAAAACCCACCACUCCUAGCCAUUUCAUGUGUUCUGUUCGUACUCGGCACGGCAAUAAUGGGCUGGCUGUUCAAUAGACACAGUACCAACUAUAUAUGGCUGGCAAACCGGCUCUUUAUGUGUGUCAUUCACCACUAUCGCAGCUAG